AUGGUCGGGGGCGGGCGGUGUGGGGUGGGCAGGGGGGCGAAGUGUCGGAAAAGAGCCUUUUGGGAGCAGCGAUUGGGGCCCAUUUCUUCGUUACAAGCUAAGGGUAGGUCCAAGCCUGGCUCAGGUGUAAUCGCUGAGGUCGGGACGGACGAGCGCAUUGUGGAUGUACCCCUACAUUCGCUGACCAACGACGGUCCAGUUCUGCUAGGAGCGACUGAUCUCCAUUGCGGUGGGGUGAUGGAUGGUGCACAGGCGAUGGGGUCGGCGCGGUGUCCGCCACGGGGCGGUGUUUACGCGUUAACCGCGGUCAAUAGGGCCCCCGCCGCGCCUAUC